AUGAGGAUGAGAGGGUUUGGCCGAGUCCUGGCCAUGUGGACCUGUGUGCUUCCUCUGGAGAGGCAGCUCCACGAGGCUGCCCGCAGGAACAACAUCGGGAGGAUGAAGGAGCUGAUCAGAAGCAGAGUCAACAUUAGGGCCAGAAACCACGUGGACAGGGUGGCCCUGCACUGGGCCGCCGGUGCAGGGCACGAGCAAGCUGUGCGGCUGCUCCUGGAGCAUGAGGCUGCUGUGGACGAUGAGGAUGCGUUUGGGAUGAAUGCACUUCUCCUGUCUGCCUGGUUUGGCCACUUACAGAUUCUUCAGAUCCUGGUCAACUCGGGGGCCAAGAUCCACUGUGAGAACAAGGACGGCCUCACCUUACUGCACUGCGCAGCCCAGAAAGGCCACGUGCCGGUGCUGGCGUUCAUCAUGGAAGACCUGGAGGACGUGGCCCUGGACCGUGCUGACAAGCUGGGAAGGACAGCAUUUCACCUGGCGGCCGCACACGGGCAGCUGGAGGCUCUGGACUUCCUGGUGGGCUCUGGCUGUGAUCACAGUGUUAAAGACAAGGAGGGGAACACAGCUCUGCACCUGGCCGCCGGCCGGGGCCACCUGGCUGUGUUGCAGCAACUCGUGGACAUCGGGCUGGACUUGGAGGAGAGGAAUGCGGAAGGUCUGACCGCCCUGCAUACUGCUGCUGAAGGGAUCCACCCCGACUGUGUGCAGCUCCUCCUGGCGGCGGGGAGCAGCGUGAAUGCCCUCACUCAGGUAGCCAGGCCUCUCUUUGUGUCUCCCUCACCCCAGCAGGGAGCCUCUCCAAUGCAUGUCGCUGUGAGGCACAACUUCCCCUCCCUGGUUCAGCUCCUCAUCGAUGCUGGCAGUGACCUGGACGCCACCGACAAUAGGCAGCAGACGCCCCUCCACCUUGCCGCGGAGCACGCCUGGCAGGACAUAGCGGAGAUGCUCCUGGUUGCGGGGGUUAACUUAAACCUGAGGGAUAAGCAAGGGAAAACCGCCCUGGCCGUGGCCGCCCGCAGCAACCACAUCAGCCUGGUGGACAUGAUCAUAAAAGCUGACCGCUUCUACCAGCGGGAGAAGGACCACCUCUCACUCAGGGACCCCAGUGGCCUCUCUGGGAAGAGUGUGACCUUUAAGCAGGACCAUCGGCAGGAAACGCAGCAGCUCCGCUCUGUGCUGUGGCGACUGGCCUCCAGGUACCUGCGGCCCCACGAGUGGAAGAAGCUCGCGUAUUGCUGGGAGUUCACUGAGGCCCACGUCCACGCCAUCGAGCAACAGUGGACAGGCACCAAGAGCUACCAGGAGCAUGGCCACCGGCUGCUGCUCAUCUGGCUGCACGGCGUGACCACGGCGGGUGAGAACCCCAGCAAAGUGCUCUUCGAGGGCCUCGUGGCCAUCGGCAGGAGGGACCUGGCUGCCAGUGAAAACCUGAAACGAGCCCUUAGGCAACAGGAGGCAAUAGGAGUCUCGUCUUUUGCAGAAAGCAUCAGGAGGAAGGUAAACGCCGACCCGGGCACCCCCAGGAGGUGCACAGCCAUGUAACCAGAGGGGCUGGACCUUCAGGAGCCUGGGACCUUGGAGUGGGGGCCACGGAACAGAAGACGACCACCACUUAAGGACUUAAAAAAAGAAUCACCGUUAACAAACCUCCAGCUGCUUUUACUGAAACAUCGCCAUGCAGGGCCAGCAGGCAAAUGUUUGCGAUUUCUGUUCACUGUGAUUGGUCCAGGGGCUGUCUUGGGUUUUGCAGGUAAUCCCUUCCCACAGGUAUGGUCCUUCGCAUCUCUCAGCUCACUUUCAUCCCCAUCAGCUCAGAGCCUCACAGGGUGCAGGAGGCGUCUUGUCAGAAAGGACACGGGCUCAGGCUCGCUGAGCAGCUAAUCAGGCGGUGAGGUCAGGUGCCAAACCCAGCAUUCCCGUCUCUCCAACUGCUGAAGGGCUCCAUCCAUCACUUACAAACGGACCGCCCUUAACCCAUCCGCUGGCUUUUAGGAAUGCUGUGCUGGUUCCACAGCUGUGUCUGUUCCCAGGUUUAUCUGUACGUGUGGACAGUUCCAUGAGGCACACACUCUCAUUUUUUUUCCUCUCGUAACAUUUUUUAAGGUUUUAAAACAUUUUUGAAAUCAUUUUAGGCUUACAAAAAUGUUGCAGAAACAACACGAAUUUCCAAAUACUCUUCACAAUACAGCUUCCCCAAGUAUUAACCUCUUACAUAACCAGAGCAUAAUUUCCCAAACCAGGAAAUGAACACUGAUACAAGACUGUUAGCUUAUCUUCAGACCUUAUUCAAAUUUAGUCAGUUGAGCCAUUUUUCUGCACCAGGAUCCAGUCCAGGAUCUCUCCUUGCAUUUAGUUGUCAUUUUCAUUAAAAAAAAAUUUUUUUUUUAUUGAUUUCAGAGAGGAAGGGAGAGGGAGAAGA